AUGUUUAAGAUCACUGGAUCUGUCCAGAUGGAGAGUGCACUGCUGUACACCUUCCUGGAGGCAUCCUCUGACUGCAAGUUCAGACAGCAGCUGCGUUCCCUGCAAAGCCAGGGGAUUGGGCCGUUAGUGGCAGGCAGAUACUGCUACGAUGACUGGGAACUUCAGACCGAUGGCAACCGGAGUGGCCACAUGCAGAAUGGCGACCUAGCGUUUGGCCCUGAGGUCAACGAAGAAGUUGUCCGGAUCAUUGCCGCUCAGCUCGCUGAGAUUGGAGACCAGUUUGAUAAAGAAAUCAAAGCAAGAGUAGUAAAUGAUCUAGUGCAGCACUUUCUGAAUGAGAAUCUGUCCAGAGAGGAGAUAACCCUGGAAGGGCUCGUGCAAGCCAUGCCCUCGGACAUGGAACGGGAGAAGGCCAUGCUGGUGCUAGCAAUGGUCUUGACUAAGAAAAUCGCGAAUACGGUGCCGUCCCUUCUGCAGCGUGUCUUCAGCACCACCGUGAACUACAUCAACCAGCAGCUCCACAACUACGUUGUCAGAAUGCUGCGCCACCGCACCAGCGGGAGCCCUCAGGAGGAGCCGGCAGUUUUGCCGGGAGAGGCCGAGGUCCUGCCCAACCUACAGACCGGGAUGGACACAGAAACGCGCAUGGAAGAGGAACACCCGCGAUCCGCCAUCGAGGGUCGCAAAAGAAACAACGCCACGGUCGGGAACAGGCAGGGAGAGGAGGCGCUUAAUGCUGUUCUGCUCAGCUAG